AUGGCGCAAGAAGCCAGUCUUGCUGACAUCUUAGCACAGCUCAGCAGAAUAAUGGAAAACCAACAGUUGGCACAGAAAACUCUCCUUGAGCAGCUAGUACGGCCGAAGGACAAUGAAUUUCUGAUGGAAGCACUUUCAAACACCAUUACAGAAUUUUCCUACGAUCCCCAAAACGGAGUGGUUUUCGAUAAAUGGUACGCGCGGCAUGAGGAAGUUUUCACCAAGGGAGGAGAAAAACUGAAUGAUGCUGAAAAAGUGAGACUGUUACUGCAAAAGAUGAGUUCCGUAAACCACGAUAGAUACUGUUUGCAGACAGCCAAACGAGUUGCAGAAGAUUUUGUCUCGUAUGCAAGUUCCGUCAAUCGAGCUUGUGAAGAUUUUAACAUCCGGGAAAUCACAGCGGACCAGUUUAAAUGUCUUGUGUUUGUGGCUGGACUUCAUUCUGAAAAGCAUAAGGACAUCCGGACACGAUUGCUUGCAAAAAUGGAAAACGAAUCGGAGACGGAUCCAAUGAAACUCAAAAAGCUGUUACUGGAAUGCCAACACUUAGAUAAUCUCAAACACGACACAGCUGUUAUUGAGAAUCCAAAGGUGAACGUGAACGCAGUUUUCCGAGGUGAACAAUCCAAUUACACAAGAAAAUCGGGAAAAAUAGAUACACCAAAAGUAGCCCCACGACGUCCGUGCUGGCAGUGUGGUCAAAUGCAUUUUGUUGCUGAUUGUACGUUUUCAAAACACAUCUGUCGAAGCUGCGGUAAAGUGGGCCAUAAAGAAGGAUACUGUGGAUGCUGUUCGAAACCAGCGGUUUCUGGAUCAAGCAAAACGGAUCCAUCAGCCUCAGAAAAAAGGAAGCCCUGGAAGAAAAAGCAAUCCGGUAAAACUGGGAACGCGAACGGUGUGUAUGCUGUACAUGAUACAAAUCCCAGUGGCAGGCGCAAAUUCGUGGAAGUUUUAAUCAACAAUAAAUUGAUUGAACUCCAGCUCGAUUGUGGAUCGGAUUAUACGAUUAUUUCGUCGAAUUCAUUACGCCAAUUUGGCGAUCUGAAGACAAAUCCUACGAGUUUACGGGUGGUAACUGCUGCAGGCAAACCGCUUCCACUCGAUUUAGAGUUUCAAUGUGCAAUAACAUUCCGAGGCAUCACGAAGCAGUCGGUGUGUUAUGUGACAACAGUUGAUGGAUUUAAUGUUCUCGGAAGUGAUCUCAUGGAAGCAUUCGGGUUGUACGACAUUCCGAUCAACUCUUUUUGCAAGCAGCUAAAAGCAGAUAUGGAUCCGGAAGAGUACAAGCAAGUAUUGAAGGCGGAAUUUCCAGCUGUUUUUCAAGAUGGACUUGGACUUUGUACGAAAGCAAAGAUCCAACUGUUCCUGACAGCAGGAGCAAAACCAGUUUUCAAGCCAAAACGACCGGUACCGUUUCAUUCACAGUGGCUCGUCGAAAAAGAACUUAUCCGGUUGCAGAAUAUGGGAGUACUCGAACGAGUAGAUUUUUCAACCUGGGCGGCACCUAUUGUUGCAGUUCGAAAGGCUCAACGAGACGCCGAUGGAGAUCCAAUUGUUCGGAUUUGUGCUGAUUUUUCAACGGGACUGAAUGCAGUAUUAGAAGCGAACAAGUAUCCACUUCCCACUCCUGAUGACAUCUUCGCAAAGUUGUCAGGUAGUCAGUACUUUAGUGUUAUCGAUUUGUCGGAUGCCUAUUUGCAGAUGGAAGUGGAGGAGGAUUCACAAAAAUUAUUGACAGUAAAUACUCACAAAGGAUUAUUCAAGUACAAGCGUCUUCCGCCAGGGGUCAAAGCAGCACCUGGGGCAUUCCAAAAAGUCGUCGACAACAUGCUUGGUGAUCUGGAGGGAGCUGAAGCGUUUCUUGACGACGUACUCGUUUUUGGUCAAACGCAAGCGGAGCAUGAUAGAAACCUUAAACGAACACUGCAGCGGAUUUUGGAAUAUGGUUUUCGGCUUAAGAUCGAGAAGUGCAGUUUCAAAAUGACGCAGGUGAAGUAUCUGGGAGUUAUCGUUGAUCGCAACGGUAUUCAUGCAGAUCCGGAGAAGGUUAAAGCUAUCGCACAAAUGUCUCCGCCGAGAGAUGUUUCACAGUUACGUUCAUUCUUGGGUGCAGUGAAUUAUUAUGCGAAAUUCAUAAAAGAAAUGCACCAGCUUCGUAGAUCUCUUGAUCAGCUGUUAAAGAAGGAUAUGAAGUGGAGUUGGAGUGAAGAAUGUCAAAAUUCUUUCGAUCGGUUCAAAGAAUUGUUGAAUUCAGAUUUGAUGUUAACACACUAUAAUCCAUCGCUCGAGAUAGUCGUGGCUGCUGAUGCCUCCAGCACUACUGGCAUUGGGGCCAACAUCAGGCAUAGAUUUCCGGACGGCUCUGAGAAGGUGAUCCAGCACGCUUCAAGAUCGUUGACACCGACAGAACGAGGUUAUGGACAAAUCGAUAAAGAAGCAUUGGCACUUGUUUACGCCAUUACAAAGUUUCAUCGUAUGCUUUUGGGACGACGUUUUGUUCUGGAGACUGAUCACAAACCUCUUCUACUUAUUUUCGGAUCGCACAAAGGAAUACCGGUUCACACAUCAAAUCGGUUGCAGCGACUGAGUUUGACGUUACUAUGCUACGAUUUCAGUGUAGAAUAUGUACCUACUAUGAAAUUCGGGUAUGUAGAUGUACUUUCCAGGCUUAUAAGUUCAGCAGUAAAUACGGAAGAGGAAUAUAUCAUCGCUAGUGUUCGUCUGGAGGAAGACAUGGCGGCAGUCCUGGAGGAUUCAAUAGCUUCUACUCCAGUGACGGCUGUAAUGAUCGCCACAGCCACACUACGGGAUAAAGUGCUAAAACAAGUGAAGAAGUUUUUGGAAACCGAAUGGCCGGAAUCGUUAGGGGUAAUCAGUGAUCCUGAUGUAAAGACAUUCUUCAAUCGUAAAGACGGGCUGGGAGAAAUCGUAUUCAAUCGUAAAGACGGGCUGUUCGGAGAGCGAGUAGUAGUUCCAAAGAUCUACCAAAAACGAAUCUUGCAGCGGUUACAUUACGGGCAUCCCGGCAUAGUCAGAAUGAAGAGCCUCGCUCGGAGUUUUGUUUAUUGGCCUUGUAUCGACCGGCACAUCGAAGAAGCAGUAAAGCAAUGCACGGACUGUGCCGCUGCAGCAAAAUCACCACCACAUGUUGCACCUGUGGCAUGGCCUGUUCCACCGGGACCUUGGCAACGCGUUCACAUCGAUUAUGCGGGGCCAAUUGAUGGUUUAUAUUUCUUUGUCAUCGUUGAUGCAUUUUCUCGAUGGCCGGAGAUAUAUUCAUCGUCUACGAUGACGGCGAAGGUAACGAUCCAAAAUCUACGAAAUUCUUUUUCACGGCUUGGAUUGCCGAUGGUAAUAGUGUCGGACAAUGCAGCUCAAUUUGUCUGUGAUGAGUUUGAAUCAUUUUGCAAAAACAAUGGUAUCAAACAUAUGUUGACUGCUCCUUACCAUCCGCAAUCUAAUGGACAGGCGGAACGUUUUGUAGAUUCAAUGAAAAGAGCUAUGAAGAAAAUAAACAAGGGAGAACCCCUCCAGGAGACACUCGAGGUUUUUCUAGCAACUUAUCGUUCAACGCCAAGUGAAACCACUGGACAAAAAUCUCCAAGUAAACUCAUGUUUGGUCGACGAAUGAGGACUACACUUGACCUAGUGCGUCCUAUGCAAGCACUAGAUAUUAGGCAGUCUGGAGAGAGAUGCCCGAUGCGUCGGUUCAUACCUGGUGACUUGGUAUAUGCAAAGGUGUACAAACGAAAUACCUGGUCCUGGGAACCCGGGAAAGUCGUUGAGAAGCUGGGAGUAGUGAACUAUAAUGUGUGGAUAGUUGGGCAAAGGCCAAAGUUAAUUCGUUCGCACAUCAACCAACUUCGUACCCGUUUUGAAAUGAAAGAUGAUUUGCACCGUGAGCGAACAGAGAGUGAUCAUCAUUUUCCAUUGAGCAUUCUGCUAGACGAGUUUGGUAUCAGUCAACCAGGAGUAAUCGUUUCAGAAGAAUCUGUUUCACCUAUACUGACAGAAAGCAAUGAUAAAUCUGAACAUCCGACGACUCCAAAUACGAGUGGUUCAAUAGUUAAAAAACCGAGUCGUAUUCCAACACCUGUUUCAUCCUGUACAACUAGGGGACGAUCAGUGCGUCUUCCGCUGAGGUUCGAGCACUACGUGAUGACUUAA